AUGAUUCCAUUCUUAUCUUCUGCCAAAUCUCUUCUUCUUUCACCCAUCAAACACUUGAUCCAUGAUGACUUUCAUGAUAUCUUUCAGACGAUGACGCUCAUCGAUAGGCUUCUUUUCAUUAUUAUUCAUGGUGUUGAUAAGUCAAGAAUCCAAUGGCACCGUCUGCCGGUGUUUCUGGGGCUCAUAUACCUUGCCAUACGCCGGUAUCUUCAUGAGCAAUACAAUUUGGUCAACGUCGGGAAAACUCCUGUGGGUGUUCGCUUCAAUCCUGGAGACUUUCCGUUCAGGACAGAUGACGGGAAGUUCAAUGAUCCUUUCAACGCCGGUGCCGGCAGUGAGGGAACUUUCUUUGGCCGGAACAUGCCCCCGGUUCAUCAGAAAGAUAAGCUACUAAAACCAGAUCCUAUGGUGGUGGCAACGAAGCUUUUGGCACGCAGAGAACUUAUAGAUACCGGAAAACAGUUCAACAUGAUUGCUGCUUCAUGGAUUCAAUUCAUGAUUCACGAUUGGAUCGAUCACCUCGAGGAAACACAACAAAUUGAGUUGAAUGCUCCUGAAGAAGUCGCCAAUCAAUGCCCACUCCAAUCCUUCAAGUUUUACAAAACUAAAGAAGUUGAUACCGGUUUUUAUGACAUCAAGAAAGGUCAUCUCAAUAUCAGAACCCCCUGGUGGGAUGGGAGCGCAAUAUACGGAAGUAACUCGAGUAAGUUGCAUCAAUUGAGAACAUUCGAAGACGGAAAGCUCAAGAUUGGAAAAGACGGGCUCCUCCAACAUGACGAUCAUGGAAUUCCGUUAUCAGGGGAUGUUCGUAACGGUUGGAUUGGUCUAUCAACCUUGCAAGCCCUCUUCAUCCUUGAGCACAAUGCUAUUUGUGACACGUUGAAGAAAGAAUAUCAUGACCUGGGUGAUGAAGAUCUAUAUCGUUAUGCAAGACUAGUAACUUCUGCUGUCAUUGCCAAGAUCCACACCAUCGACUGGACCGUUGAACUUCUCAAAACUGACAUGCUUCAUGUAGCAAUGAGAGCUAACUGGUAUGGGCUACUGGGAAAAAAAUUCAAGGACACAUUUGGCCAUGUUGGAGGAGCCAUUUUGGGAGGUCUUGUAGGGUUAAAGAAACCCAAUAACCAUGGCGUACCCUACUCGUUAACCGAAGAAUUUGUGAGCGUUUACAGAAUGCACUCUCUCUUACCUGAUCAACUUUUUGUUAGAGAUGUUAAUUCAACACCGGGUCCGAACAAGUCUCCGAAGCUGACUAAAAAGAUGGACAUGAUAAACUUGAUUGGGUGGAGAGGGGAGAAGGAAUUAUCGAACAUUGGAUUUACAACACAAAUGGUAUCAAUGGGACAUCAAGCGUGUGGUGCACUUGAACUGUGGAAUUAUCCGGUGUGGCUUAGGGACAUUGUGCCUCAAAACAUUGACGGCACAGAUCGGCCCGAUCAUGUUGACUUACCUUCACUCGAGAUUUACAGAGAUAGAGAGAGGAACGUUGCAAGAUACAAUGAUUUCCGCAGAUCGCUUUUCUUGAUCCCGAUCUCAAAAUGGGAUGAACUAACUGAUGAUAAAGAAGCUAUUGACACAUUGCGUGAAGUGUACAAUGACGAUGUGGAGCAACUCGAUCUAUUGGUAGGAAUGGCAGCUGAGAAAAAGAUCAAAGGGUUCGCCAUUAGCGAAACAGCUUUUCUAAUUUUUAUCAUCAUGGCAUCCAGGAGACUGGAGGCAGAUAGAUUUUUCACGAGUGACUUUAACAAAGACGUGUACACAAAGAAAGGGUUUGAAUGGGUGAACACAACGGAAAGCUUAAAAGACGUGUUAAACCGACAUUACCCUGAGAUGACCGAUCGAUGGAUGAACUCAGCAAGUGCUUUUACAGUGUGGGAUGCUUCACCGGAGCCUAAUAAUCCCAUACCAAUAUAUUUCCGUAUCCCUGAAUGA